AUGUCCAACUAUUCUAGCUCUCCUUCUGAUUAUUUAUACCCUUCCUCUACCGGCGGGGCUCCGGGGAGCAGCUCAGCCAUUGUUUCUCAGACUGAGAUCAACCAAAUGUUACAUACUCUCCGCAGCCACAGGGUCAAUACCCUCACCGAGUUGCGGAGAAUUGAGAAGGUCUUAGCUUCUAUCAACACUAUCGAAUAUUGCACAGUCAUGAGGGAUGCAUGGAACCACUACGUUGGUUCCAACUUCCUGAAUGAACUGAGAGGCCUAACUCAAAAAUAUCCCUUCUCAAACGAUCUCCUAGAGAAUAGCAAAUGGAGAGUCUACAACGACCCCACUAGCAACAGGAGCUGGAACUUUGCUUGGCUCCUACUUGUCAAGAUGAAGAAUGACAACAUGAUUUCUGAAUACGCAACAAAGACCGCCUUCCAACCCGCAAUGUGGGGCAACGUCGUCCCGGACGCGGCGAGUGCACAGCAACUUUCCAACGUCCUUACCCAAGAAUGGACCAAUGCUGUCGACAGAUUGCUCAAACAUUGGUCCAACUCACCUCCGGUCACCGCUGAAUUCUACUGA